AUGAACUCUUCACUCAAUCUCAAUCAACCAAUUCGCAUCCACCGUUCAAUUCCACUUCAAAAUCACAAAUCCGCGCGUUUCAAGCUCCGACACUCUCCUUUCGUUAACUCUUCAAGCCAGAACUGCUAUAGAAACGUUUCAUUUUCCCCGAGUUCGCUCCCUAUUCAACCACGAAUCGAUGACUCAUUGGACUUCCAUACAGUUCCGUCCUUUCGAGCUAGGGUUUCAUCGAACGACGCACGGUUCGGUUCGUUAAGUGAAGAUAGCGAGCCGAAGGCGCCGAGUUUUAGUGAGUUUAUUACAUCAGAGAGGAUUAAAGUGGUGUCGAUGGUUGCUUUGGCCCUGGCUCUUUGUAAUGCUGAUCGUGUGGUCAUGUCGGUGGCGAUUGUACCUUUGUCCCUUGCUAAUGGUUGGAGCCGAUCCUUCUCUGGUAUUGUUCAGUCAUCUUUCCUGUGGGGAUACCUAAUUUCGCCGAUAGCGGGAGGGACACUCGUGGAUUAUUAUGGUGGUAAGAUAGUGAUGGGAUGGGGUGUUGCUUUGUGGUCAUUAGCUACAUUUCUUACUCCAUGGGCUGCGGAUACUUCGGUAUGGGCUCUACUUGCUACGCGAGCAAUGCUUGGCGUUGCUGAAGGUGUGGCUCUUCCUUGUAUGAACAACAUGAUAGCAAGAUGGUUCCCGCAGACAGAACGAGCCAGGGCUGUUGGGAUUGCAAUGGCAGGAUUUCAACUUGGAAAUGCAAUAGGACUCACUCUAUCUCCAAUCCUCAUGUCAAAAGGCGGUAUAUUUGGGCCGUUUGUGAUUUUUGGACUAUCUGGAUUCCUGUGGGUUUUGGUUUGGUUAUCUGCAAUAUCAAGUACUCCUGACUGCAGUUCCCAGAUAUCGAAGUAUGAAUUGGAGUACAUAUUAAACAAGGGGCGGAAGUCUUUUCCCGUGGAGAAUAAACCUAAGACAAAAAGAAUGAUCCCUCCUUUCAGGCGCUUGCUCUCUAAGAUGCCGACUUGGUCCCUCAUUGUUGCCAAUGCCAUGCAUAGCUGGGGAUUUUUUGUUAUUCUCUCCUGGAUGCCCAUUUAUUUUAACACAAUGUAUCAUGUUGACCUCAAACAUGCAGCAUGGUUUAGUGCCGUUCCAUGGAGUGUGAUGGGAUUUAUGGGAUACUUUGGCGGUACGUGGUCAGACAUGUUGAUACGCCGUGGUAUAAGUGUCUCUUUGACUCGAAAAAUCAUGCAGUCAAUUGGCUUUUUUGGUCCUGGGAUUGCUCUUAUUGGUUUGACUACCGCUAGAAGUCCACUUCUUGCAUCUGCUUGGCUAACUUUAGCUGUUGGACUAAAGUCUUUCAGUCAUUCGGGUUUUCUUGUGAAUCUCCAGGAGAUCGCCCCACAUUAUUCUGGUGUUUUGCAUGGAAUAUCAAAUACUGCCGGUACGUUUGCAGCCAUUGUGGGAACAGUUGGAGCUGGUUUCUUUGUUGAACUAGUGGGUUCUUUCCGUGGAUUUCUGUUGCUCACAUCACUCUUAUAUUUUCUUGCUGCUCUUUUCUACAAUAUCUUCUCCACUGGAGAGAGAUUUAUGGUGGAUCGUGAGAGGAUAGCAGUUGCAACUGAGGAACUAGAGAUGUUCAGGAAUGUUAGAGAAGGUUGUGCAGUGGGAAUUGUCAUCUCCCUUUUAAAGAGAGAGGCUGUUAGUCUGAUCUUUCUUUUCUUUUCCUACCGGAGGGUAAUGCUCUUAAGAGAAGAUGAGAAGACCAGCGGGCAAUACUUGCCAAAUGCAAAAUUCCUGGGCUCCAGAUCAGUUUCAACUGAUCUUUCAACAGGAAGUAACAGCAAGAGUUCGUCAAAAUUCAAGUCCUCUAGUUCCUAUGGAUCUUCCAGUGUCACAAGUGGAAUGGUAGGGGCAGCUAGUGUCUCCAUUCAAGAGAUUUUUAAGAUGACUGAUAAUUUCUCGCCUGCAAAUAAGGUUGGAGACGGUAGCUUUUCUAAUGUAUACAAGGGGAGGCUCCGGGAUGGAUCUCUUGUUGCAGUGAAGCGUGCUAAAAAGAACACAUAUGACAAGCGUUUGUCACUGGAGUUCCAGAAUGAAGCACUUACCCUGUCCAAGAUUGAACAUCUGAAUUUGGUAAGAUUGUAUGGAUACGUGGAGCAAGGAGAUGAGCGGAUCAUUGUGGUUGAAUAUGUUGGCAAUGGAAAUCUUCGAGAACAUCUAGAUGGUACAAAAGGAAGCAUACUUGAAAUUGCUGAACGGCUAGAUAUUGCAAUUGAUGUGGCUCAUGCAAUCACUUAUCUUCACACGUAUACAGGUGUCGACUCAUUUUCUGCUACAACUAUGCCUUUGUACCAAAUAAUCCACAAAGUUAUUCCUGAAUUCCCAGCUGAGUUAGCUCCAUUCAUUUGGAUUGGGGAUGCAAUAUUAGGCAACUGGCCUGUCAAUGGAAGUUAUGUGGAUUGUAUAGGUAGUAUGAUGAACAGCGCACAGGAAGAGCUAGUUCAAAAUAAUCCACUUCUUGCGAUGCAGAGAUUAAAAGAAGGAGAUGCCAUCUUUGUCAUGGACCCGUUACUGAGGAGGAGUCCUGGAUCAACCAUGGCACUAGAGAAGGUGCUUAAAUUAGCACACCGGUGCCUGGCACCUGCGAAACAAUCAAGGCCGUUCAUGAAGGAAUGCGGUGAGGUGCUAUGGGGAAUUCGAAAAGACUUGAGAGCAAGUGGUACAUCUUCUUCUUCUGCUUCCACUUCUCACCAAUCUGCAGACUUUCCUAGAAGAGAUGCAAAGAAGAAUAGAGAAGAAGUAUUUGGUAUUGAAGCUGGUGAGCGCUAUGAAUUCUUUUCUGCAUGA